AUGCUCAGAUUAGAAAGACUGGUCGUAGACACGGGCACAAAGCUGCCAAAAGGUUGGAACCAUAACUGCUUCGAUUUGAGGUAUUUAACUAUAAUCUGUGGGGAAAUGCCGGGAGGUUACUUCGGACUCCCGGAACCUGACCUAGUUAUUCCUUCCGAGAUAAAUGAGCUUCGCCUGUUGGGUCCUCAUAAAACCAGUCUCCUGUGGAACUCCAUUAAAAACUGUCAUCAUCUUAAAACGCUUACCCUGCGGGAUUGCCGCAUCGACAGAAUUCCUAAUAUAGAUGGGUUAGAAAGUUUAUGCAUUCAGGAAAGAGUGUUCGGUCCAUGGAGCGGUUCGUCUCUUGCAAGGAAUGGAAGUCUUCAGCAUUUAAUCUUGUACGACUCGGAAGAUAUAGAUAUGAAAUCAUUAGCAGAAACCUAUCUGAGACUCUCAAGUCUUGAGCUCGUAGAUUGCACUGUGUGUGACUUAGAUAAAAUCGUCGGCUUCCGACGGCUUAUGACCCUCAAACUAGACACUGUAUCUUUCUUUUCAGGGACGUUGGAGGUCAUCGAAACCCUAAGCCUUAAAUCGUUAUAUCUGAAGAGGGUUGACAUCGGUCGUGAACGUGUGAUUGAUUGCGAUUUUGGAUGCUCAUUUAUACCGUGGCAGUGCGGUCUCACAUAUAAAGCUAUGCGGUUUUUCAUCCAAGAGUAUGGGCCCGCAACGGAUCACCCCCUAUCGCGCUGCUACCCCUGGCGGAUAUAA